AUGGCCAUGGACGACGCGGGACGCCGGGAGUUGCCCACGGACGUCCUGGUGGAGAUUUUGCUGCGGCUGCCCCCGAGCUCCCGGCGCCGGGUCCGUCUCGUUUGCAGGCUCUGGCGCGACAUCAUCGACGAGCGCACCACGGAGAUGCACAGCUGCGCCACGGCCCUUCUCUGGGACAUCUGGGACCGCACCGCCUAUGUCGUCGAUGACCUGUCCAAGUCGUCAACAGGGAAGUGCAGAAAGUUGUGGAAGUGGGGCAAAUACGGACAACUUGUCGGUACGUGCAACGGCCUGCUCUGCUUGUGCGACAUGGUGACACCAGGCGGCGCCGUCACCUUGGUCAACCCGGCCACCGGUGAGACGUUGCCUGUACCGCCGCUGCCGUGUGUAGAUAAGAGGAGAUGUGUCCCGGAGAAAUGGUACGAGGCGUACAGCUUCGGAUACCACCCUACGUCCGGUCAGUAUAAGGUGGUGCACGUUCCCUGCAGCUUCGACUUGCCGCACGUGUUCGACACCGUACAUGUGCUCACACUUGGGGAGGCAUCGUGGCGGGAGGUUCCUGAGCACGACGGAUGGUGCAAGUGCGACCUGAGCGCCGGCAUCGUCAGCGUCGAUGGCACUACUUAUUGGGUCUUGAGUUAUGGCGCUAUAGCACUGGUCGUGGCGUUUGAUCUCGAGCAUGAGCGUGUCACCUUCCUCGAGGAGCUACCUGCGCAUAUAGCUAACGUACCACCUAACUGA